AUGAACUCCCAAGGUAGUUACUACACUUCUCUACUCAACCAGGGCGCUGCAUAUGGUUUUGACUCCGAUGAUUUUGUGGCAGGUGAUAAUGAAGUGGUAGAGACACCACCAGUGAAUGAGAUGAACUCGCAGCCGGCUAAGAGGGGCCGAUCCAAGAAUUUCAGUGAAGAGGAGGAUAUAUUGUUGGUUUCCGGCUAUCUUAAUGUAAGUAAGGAUCCUAUUACUGGAAGGGAUAAAAAAGAUGGCACAUUUUGGGAAAGAGUAUGGAAAUACUUUCACAAGAACAAGAAAUUUGAGUCUGAUCGUAAUUGGUCAUCACUUAAGCAUCGUUGGGGUAUAAUUCAGAAGGAAGUGAAUGUUUUUCAGGCUUAUUAUGACGCUGUAGAAAGGAAAAAUCAAAGUGGUAAGACUAGUGAUGACAAGCUAGCUGAAGCGAAAGCAAAAUUCCGGGAAGACCAUGAAGGGAAGGCAUUAUCUGUCUUCCAUCCGUGGGUUAUUCUUAGGCAUGAGCCAAAGUGGGCAUUCAGAGAAUCAAGGCUGAAAGACCACCAUGAACCAAACAAUGGUAGUGGUGAUGCUCCUGUCAAUGCUGACAGACCACCAGGGAGGAAGGCUGAGAAGGAAAAAGCACGAGCGAGAAAGCAUGGUGCCUGUGAUGCUGAUGGUGAUCCUUUAUUUGAAGAGGUCAAAAAGAUGAGAGAAGCAAGGCAAGAAACAGAGAAACAUCGGAAGGCCCGUGAUGAGAAGUUCUAUGAGCUGGAGAAGAAUAAGCUUGAAUUGGAGCGAGAUCGGCAGGACAAAGAGAUAAUGCAAACAGACAUAAGCAUAAUGGACGAAGAAUCAAAACAAUACACAAUCUCAUUAGUUUAUGUUCUCCAGCCUGGUAAUGCAUGUAUAUUCGAGCUGUAUAUCCCUGUAUGCCCGUAUGAGUGCACAGCCUGA